AUGGAUUUUAGCAAGUUUGCAUUCUGGAACCGUGUGUAUUUGGAACUACCAGACACAGUUAGGUCGGCCAAGUUCAUUCCGCGCAAGCAAUGGGUUGUGACAGGAGCAGAUGAUACACACAUUCGUGUAUACAAUUACUAUACAAUGGACAAGGUUAAAGUAUUUGAGGCUCAUGCGGAUUGCAUUAGGUGUGUAGCUGUCCAUCCGACCCUUCCAUAUGUGCUGUCAUCUUCUGAUGAUAUGCUCAUAAAGCUUUGGGACUGGGAAAAUGGUUGGGCUUGUACUCAGAUAUUUGAGGGACAUUCCAACUAUGUGAUGCAAGUGGUAUUUAAUCCAACAGAUACCAACACUUUUGCCAGUGCAUCGCUUGACCAUACCAUCAAGAUAUGGAAUCUUGGUUCCCCAGACCCAAAUUUUACAAUGGAUGCUCAUCAGAAAGGAGUCACAUGUGUAGAUUAUUUCACAGGGGGUAAUAAGCCCUAUUUAAUUACUGGCUCUCGUGAUCAUACUGCUAAGACGCUAGAAGGGCACACACGUAAUGUAUCUGCCGUCUGUUUCCAUCCGGAGCUUCCAAUAAUACUCACAGGUUCUGCGGAUGGAAUUGUUCGCAUUUGGCACGCUACGACUUACAGGCUAGAGAACACAUUGGACUAUGGUGGCGAGAGAGUUUCGGGCUUUGGUUGCAUAAAGAGUUUGCGCCGGGUUGUGAUUGGAUAUGAUGAAGGAACCAUCAUGCUUAAAUUUGGGCGAGAAAUUCCUGUGGCUAGCAUGGACAGUAACGGAAAAAUUAUAUGGGCUAAGCAUAAUGAAAUUCAAACUGCAAACAUCAAAAGUAUUGGCGCAGGUUGCGAGGUUACUGAUGGAGAAAGACUUCCCUUGGCUGUUAAAGAGUUGGAAACCUGUAAUAUUUAUCCACAAAGCUUGAAGCACAACCCUAAUGGGAGGUUUGUUGUAGUCUGUGGUGAAGGAGAGUACAUAAUCUACACAGCUUUGGCUUGGAGAUAUAAAUCUGUCGGUCCUGGGCUGGAAUUUGUUUGGUCAUCCCAGGGGGAAUGUGCAGUUAGAGAGAGCUCAUCAAAGAUAAAAAUUUUCAGUAAAAGUUUUCAGGAAAGGAAGAGUAUCCAGCCUACUUUUUCAGCUGAGAAGAUUUUUGGAGGAACCUUGUUAGCAAUGUGUUCAAACGGUUCACUUUGGUUUUAUGAUUGGGCUGAAUGUAGACUGAUUAAAAAAGUGGAUAUCACAGUCACAGUAAAGGUAUCCCAAUCAACUGUCAUCAGUGCUGCUCCGGCAACAGAUCUGCGGAAUAUUUAUUGGGCUGAAAGUGGCGAUUUAGUAGCCAUUGCUACUGAUACGUCAUUCUACAUUAUGAAGUACAAUCGUGACUUGGUUUCCUCGCACUUUCAUAGUGAAAGACCAACUGAUGAAGGUGUUGUGGGUGCUUUUGAGACUCUCCAUAAGGAAAAUGAACGUGUUAGGACUGGUAUAUGGGCCGGAGACUGCUUCAUUUACAGUAACUCUUCUUGGAAGCUUAACUUUUGUGUUGGAGGCAAGUUGGACCGUCCAAUGUAUUUGCUGGGCUAUAUCGCCAAUCAAAGCCGGGUGUACUUGGUAGACAAAGAAUACAAUGUCAUAGGAUAUACUCUGCUUUUUAGCCUGAUUGAAUACAAGUCUCUUGUGAUGCGAGGUGAUUUGGAUAAAGCCAGUGAAAUUUUGCCUACAAUUCCUAAAGAGCAGCAUAACAAUGUUGCUCAUUUCUUGGAGUCUCGGGGAAUGAUUGAAGAUGCUUUAGAAACUGCGACCAAUCCUGACUACAGAUUUGAGCUGGCCAUACAAUUGGGUAGACUUGAAAUCGCAAAGGAAAUCGCUGAAGAAGUGCAGAGCGAGUCUAAAUGGAAGCAGUUAGGAGAGUUGGCCAUGUCCUCUGGGAAGUUUCUAUUGGCUGAGGAUUGCAUGAAGUACGCCAUGGAUUUGAGUGGUUUGUUACUACUAUAUUCUUCUAUGGGAGAUGCUCAAGGGGUGUCAAAGCUUGCAUGCCUUGCUAAAGAAGAGGGGAAGAAUAAUGUCGCUUUUCUUUGCUUAUUCUUGCUGGGUAGAUUGGAAGAUUGUCUAGAGUUAUUGGUGGAGAGCAACCGGAUACCAGAAGCUGCUCUGAUGGCACGUUCUUAUCUUCCAAGCAAAGUUUCAGAGAUAGUAGCUCUUUGGAGGAAAUAUGUUAAUUCUAAAGCAGCAGAAUCUAUGGCUGAUCCUGAAGAGUACCCAAACCUUUUUGAGGAUUGGCAAGUUGCUCUUUCUGUUGAAGAGAAUGCUGUCAAGACGAGGAGAGUUUAUCCUGCUGCAGCAAAUUAUCCAAGCCAUGCCGAUAAAUCUUUCACUACGCUCGUGGAAGCCUUGAGAAACCUGCAAGUUGAAGCAGAAGAAGCACUUGAAAAUGGAAACACGGAUGAUGAUCUAAGUUCUUCUGGAGCUGUAUGGAUCCAAAAGUUGGUAGCAGAAGAAAAUGGGCAUGUAGAGAAUGAAGGAGAGGGAGUUGUUGAUGGAACAAAGGAAAUCCAUCAGCCUAAUAACCAAGGGGUUGUCUAUGUGAUUGAUAGUGGUUUCUCAAAGCAGAAAUUCUACAAUCCAAUAUCGAAAGUCUUGUGGUGGCACGAAUAUCCAAAGCAUCUGCCUAGACAAAGGUCUGGUAGGGCUGGGCGAGUUCGGCCUGGAAAGUGUUACAGGUUAUAUACCGAAGAUUAUUUUCUCAACCAAAUGCCUGGAGAAGGCAUUCCGGAAAUGCAAAGGUCAAAUCUUGUUUCUACCGUGAUUCAGGCUGUGAGAAAAGCAGUGACUGCAGGGUUUUUCGCCAAUGCAUGCCGCUUAGAACCACACAGCAAAGGUGAUACUGAUGGCAUUGUAACUUGGUCUUCUUUUGGUUUGAUGGCAAUUUCCUCUUGGCAGUUUGUUGGCAAAGGUGAUACUGAUCAGAUUUCGCCAUGUCUGCACCUGCUAAAAGAAGUUCUAAAGAUACUCAGGAGAAACAUCUAA